CCCCCCCCCUUGAGCAUUUCCCAAGUACAAUGACUACCACAGCGUAGCCACUUUUUGCACACUCACACCCUCUUGAUUCAAAGAUGCUGCGCCAGUCGUUCCUCUUCUUUUCCAUCAGACAAUGACGACAUAUGACGAGUAUGGCGUUCCCGUCGGCGCAUACUCUGAGCCAGAGAGUUUGACAUACCAAGCCUGGAGGCUUGCUCGAGCAUUCUACUUGUACCGGAUACGCCCUGCAGUGCAGGAGAAGCGGAAUGCCCUACGAAAUUCUACCUGGAGUCCCAGCCAGCUUUUCAGUCUGGUGAAUGCGCUCGUUGUGGUGUGGUGGUUUGUCCUGUACUGGGGUGAGCGAGGCGUCUUCAACAGCGCCAUCGAGAGCUGCAACUGGGACAAGUGGGAAGACUGGGAAGCCGGCGCAAACCCACAUAGGCUCAUCUUUGUCGCCGACCCGCAGCUCAUUGACCCGCAUACGUAUCCUGGCCGCCCGUGGCCUCUCAAUCCCUUGGCUUACAAGUACACCGACCUCUAUCUACGGCGAACGUACUCGCGCUUCCAAACCAUUCUCUACCCCGAUACCAUCUUCUUCCUCGGCGACCUCUUUGACGGCGGUCGUGAGUGGUCGACGCGCACAACUACCUCGCCCGAGCAGCAGUACCGCAGAUAUGGCAACGACUUUUGGCAGAAGGAAUACAUGCGUUUUAGCGAUUUGUUUUUCAAACAUUGGGGCGAUGGAGGCAUGGAGCCACGACCGGGGCAGCCAGGGAGGAAGCUGAUAACCAGUCUGCCUGGCAACCACGACCUGGGAUUCGCAAGAGGUGUUCAGAUUGGGGUCAGGAAUCGCUUCAAUGCCUAUUUUGGCGACGGGAACAGGAUCGAUGUCAUUGCAAACCACACGUUUGUCUCAAUUGACAGCGUAUCUCUGAGUGCGCUGGGCCAGGAAUCACCAGAGCAAGUGGAAAACAUCUGGCGACCUACAAAGGACUUUCUCGAGGAUGCAAAGAAGCGCAAGAGACGGCUUGUACAACGCGAACUCCGCGCCCAGCAGGGCCUGAGGCCAUACUCGGGCAUGCCUCAUUAUGAUAUUAAAGCGGAGGAUUUGGCAAAGUCUCAGCUCCCACAUGAAAACGAUGAUGUGACUGAGUUUCCAACCAUUCUCCUUUCACACGUUCCACUCUUCCGCCCGCCAGGCACGCCCUGUGGUCCUCUCCGCGAACACUGGCCCCCAACCCCUCCUCUACCCGGUCAACCGCCUCUCGAACACGACGACCGCAAUGCUAUUUCCGUGCGCGGCGGAUACCAGUACCAGAAUGUGCUCAACCGCGAGAUCACAGCCGAUAUCGCUGAAAAGGUCGGAGACAUCCGCUAUGCCUUCUCGGGCGAUGACCACGAUUACUGCGAGGUACUGCACAAAGCCUACACAAGCGCUGGCGGCGGCAUCCGCGAGAUAACCGUCAAGAGCAUCAGCUGGGCCAUGGGUGUCCGUCUCCCCGGCAUCAUGCUCCUCUCCCUCUGGAAUCCCGUCGACUCGCACGGCAACCCCAAAAACGGCGACGCCAGCAAAACAGUCCAGUCCAAACUCUGCAUUCUCCCCGACCAAAUCGGCACGUUUCUCAAAUACGGCCUCCUCUUCGGACUUACCGUCACACUCUUAACCCUCCGCGCCGCUCUCCUAGGCACAGGCAUCUUACAGCCAACCCCCGAGACUCCUGAGCCUCCUCUCCUCCCCACCACCAACACAUCCCCGUCUAUAUCAUCUGCCGAACAUGAAAAAUCAACAGCCCAAUACAUGGUUCCCUCGGAAUACGAAACUCACUCCUCACACUCUUCCACGUCCUCGGACCGCAGUACAAGUAAUAACAACCCGGCUGUUCGCACCACGAGAGCGCAUACACGCAGUAAUAUCGCCGCGGAGAAUGAGGAGUUGAGGGCUAAUAAACCGAGGAUUUAUGGGAGUUAUAAGGAUGCUGGUGGUGUUAGUACGGCGAAGAGUGGGAGGCUAGCGGGGAGGGGAGGGAGGAGGAAAGGUGGGUUGGAGAUUUUCUGGGGGGAACUUAGGGGUGGGUUGGGGACGGUGGUUUUGUGUGGGGGGUUGUGGUAUGGGUUGUUGGUUUGGAAGGGGUGA